AUGCGUACUGAUUCUAAUCAUGAAGUUGGUAAAUUAAUAAAUUAUUUUGAAAAUUUUAUUAAUGAUUUAAAUAAAGAUUUAACACACAAUUCAAAAAUCAAUCAUCAUCAACAACAAAUGCGUGCAAUUAGUCAAAAUACAUCUGAUUUAUCAAUAUCAUUUACUGAUGUUUUUCAACCAAUAUCAACUAUACUACCAACAAUAAUUGAUGAAGAAAAUAUUCAUCACACAAGACGUGAUCGAACAUUUUCAGAAGAUAUUUAUGAUCGUUUGACAUAUCAAACAUUACUUAAUACAAAUUCAUAUUCAAGUCAUGAACAAUUAACUCAAUCAUCAGUAAAAAGUACAAAACGACGACAUCAUUUUAAUAAUCCUACAAAUAAAAAACGUUUAUAUCGUCGUCGACCACCAAGUUAUAUUAAAGAAUUAAAAGCUUAUUUAGCUCAUCGAGAAUCAUCAUUAAAUGAUAUUGUUAAAAUAUCUGAUGUUAAAAAAUUUAGUAAUGUUCUUGUUUGGUUAUCAAAUCAAACAACAUCACCAUCUUUAAUUGAAACAUCAACACCAAUAUCUUUAAUAAAAACAGACAAUACAGAUAAUAAUAAUAAUAAUAAUAAUCAUUUAUCAUCUAUUACUACAGAUUCUGUUAUUGCUAUUACACAAGAUAUUUCACAAUCAUAUUCAGGCGUGAUAUUCUUAAACUAUUUUUAUCCUCUUGCAACAUUUACUGAUGAAACAAAUACAAGUAAAUUAUCAACAAGACAAUCACUUACUUAUUAUACUUAUAAUAAUAUUCCAUGGAAAUUAAAAAUUCGAAAAGAGGUAUUUUCACCUGCUGAAACAUUUGAACAACCACUUCUAAUUGAAUUACUUUAUUUACAAAUUGUACAUGAUAUAUUUUCAUCAGUAUGUGUUCGUAUAAGCGAAGCAGAACGAACAAAUAUGAAGACAUUUCUAUCUUCUCACGGUGUUGCAACUAUUGGUGAUAUUAAUUUAAUAAAAACGUCAUCAGCAAAGAAAGAUAUCAUUGAACAAGCACGUCAAUGGCCAAUAUAUUUUUGUCGACUUUUUCCGAUUACUACUAUAAAAUCUCAUUUAAAUGAAGAACAAUUGCUAGGUAUAUCACAUUCUGGUAUUCGAUUAAUUAAACGAAGUCAAACAACAACUAACCGAGACACAUUACAAGUACUUGAAACAUUUCCGUUUGAAACAAUCCAAUAUGUUUCGGCAAUUCGAAAUGGUUCAUCUAUUGAUUUAAGUUUAGUGAAAAAACGUAUUACUAUUUGUUCACAACGGAAAUUAACUCUACCUCCAUUAUCCAAUACAAGUGAUUUAUUUAAAUCAUCAAGUCAAACUAGUUUAAUGAGUUAUAGUCAAACAUUCAGUGAAUUAAUUCCAUCAACAUCAUUAGAAAUUCAUACACCAAAACCGACUAAAAAUGAUAUUAUACUUCCAACUUUAUCUGUAUUACCAACAGGACAUUCAAUGAUGGAAUUUGCUCUACAAAAUUUUAAAGUUCCAAAUAGACGACGAUCGAAAAAAGGUUGGAAAACAUCAGAAUGGACGUGGCAAGAUUAUGCUGAACUUAUUAAAUGGUCUAAAAGUCCAAUUCAAACACCACUUCUUCGACGAUCAUCAAACGAUCCCACUCGUAUUGUACGACAAUGUUUUCUUUCUAUUAUGCGUUAUAUGGGUGAUUAUACUAUGACACGAGGUCAAACUGAUAUUGAUUGUCUUAUCUAUCUUCUUAAAAAUACACAUAAACAUCGAACGUUAAUUGAUGAAAUUUUAUGUCAAAUUAUAAAACAAUUAACAGAUAAUAAAAGUAUAAAAAUUGAUAGUGUACAACGUGGUUGGAAAUUACUUGCAAUUGUACUUAAUUAUUUUAUUCCAAGUGAACAUUUACAACCAUAUUUUAUAAAAUAUCUUCAUGAUAAUCGAAGUAAAAAUGAAAAAUUAGUACAAUUAUGUUUAAAUCAUUAUGAGCAAACAUUAAAAUAUGGUGGACGAAAAAAUACACCAAGUAAAGCAGAAAUCGGUCUUUUAGCAGCUAAUGGCCAAAAUGGAGGAAAAAAUCAGACAUUUUUAUUACCAGGUGGAUUUUCAUUGACUCUAUUGGCAACACCAUCGAUGGUAAUGGAUGAUUGUCUUAAUUUACUAUGUGAACGUCUUAAUAUAUCAAAUACAUUAGAAAAUGAUGAAUAUUCAAUUUUUAUUGUGAUUACCUCAGGACAUUCAUCUCGUUUAUUAAAUCCAGCCGAAUAUCUUUUUGAUAUUAUAAGUGAAUGCGCUCGAGCAAAUAUAAUUGAUUUUCAUUUGAUUAUUAAACGUAUGCUUUGGUUCAAUAUUCCAUUCGUAUUUAAUAAUAAUAAUCAAUCAGAAAUGUUCAUUAAUUUUAUGUAUCAUCAACUUAUACCUGAACUACUCGAAGGAACAAUGAUCAUUCUAAAUAAUAAUCAUCUUUCUGAUAAAAUUAUGCAAGAAAUUUCAUUAAUGGCUGCUCUUCAAUAUCGUGCUUCAAAUAAAAUUGGUCUACCAUCUAUGAGAGAAGUUAAACAUCUUCUUCCAGCAACGGUAUUAAAAUUAAAAAGUGUUCGUCCUCAAGAAUGGACAGCAGCUAUUCAUGACAGACUUUGUGCAUUUGUUGAAUCAAUGUCAACCAUUGAAGCGAAAAUUAAAUUUUUAAAUCUUAUAAAAACAUGGCCGUUAUUUGGUACGACAUUUUUUACUGUUCAGUCUGUUGAUGAUCCAUCGAUUCGAUCACCAUGUUUAAUUGGUAUUUACAAAAAUGGCAUUUUGUUUCUUGAUUUAGAUACUCGAGAAACCUUGUUUACAAUUCCAUAUGAUAAUGUCGUAUCAAUUCGUCGUCAUCAAGCAACAAUCGAUAUAAAGUAUGGUAGUUUAAAUCAACCACAUAUUCUUCAAUGUCAACUUGAUAGAGCUCAAGAUCUCGUAGCAUUAAGUGGGCGUUAUUUAAGUUUGAUUGGUCGAAGUUUAACAUCAGCAUUGGAACGAAAGAGUGAUACUCAGCAAAUACAUAGAUCAUUAACAUCGACAUACGAUGAUCCGAUUAGUACACUAUUGUAA